AUGUAUAAUGUUAUCAUUGUUUUCCUGAAAUAGGUAGAAACAGAUGACCAAACAGCGCUUGUUAGUAAGCCCAGGAAUAAAGGAGGAAAUAGUAAUCUUGCAUCAGCUGGAUUUAACAUUAUCAACUCUAUCAUUGGAUCAGGCAUUAUAGGAUUGCCAUAUUCAAUGAAGGAAGCUGGUUUUCCACUAGGAGUACUGCUUUUAUUUGGGGUUGCCUAUAUCACAGAUUAUUCUAUUAUAUUACUGAUCAAAGGAGGAAACCUCUCCAAUACCAACACCUAUCAAGAGCUGGUCAGAAAAACAUACGGUCUUGUAGGUUAUCUAAUUCUUUCAACUCUUCAAUUUUUAUAUCCAUUUAUUGCUAUGAUCAGUUACAACAUAAUAACAGGAGACACUUUAACUAAAGUUUUUCAGAGAAUUCCUGGAGUUGGACCAGAUAACGUGCUUACUGACCGUCACUUCAUAAUUCUUCUUACCACCAUCAUCUUUACCUUGCCUAUAUCUUUAUAUCGAGACAUAGCAAAACUGGGAAAGGUAUCUCUUAUUUCUCUGAUUUUAACCGUUGUCAUCCUGAUUAUUGUGAUGGUGAGAACAGUAACAUUCAGUCCACAAGUACCCAGAUCAGAAAAUGCAUGGAUAUUUGCAAAAUCAAAUGCAUUACAAGCUGUUGGGGUGAUGUCAUUUGCAUUCAUCUGCAACCAUAACAGCUUUUUAAUAUAUGGCUCUCUGGAAGAACCUACACUAAAGAACUGGUCUCGAGUCACACAUGUGUCUGUCUCACUCGCUGUUGUUAUCAGUGUAGCGUUCGUUGCAUGUGGAUAUAUGACUUUUACAGGAUAUACAGAAGGAGAUAUAUUUGAAAACUACUGUAGAGAUGACAACCUUGCUACAUUUGGAAGGUUUUGUUAUGGAGUUACUGUAAUUCUGACCUUCCCUCUUGAAUGUUUUGUGACCAGAGAGGUGAUUGCCAAUGUGUUUUGCCAUGGGAACCUCUCAACAGUUUUCCAUAUUGUUGUGACAGUAAUUAUUAUUGCUGUGGCAACUGGUGUGUCAUUAGUAUAUGAUUGCCUUGGAAUAGUUUUAGAGCUGAAUGGAGUUCUGAGUGCUACCCCACUUGUUUUUAUCAUCCCAACAGCGUGUUAUCUAAAGCUAUCCAAAGAGCGAUGGAACCAUUCAGAUAACCUCAUAUCCUGCCUGAUUCUUGCUGUCGGUGUGCUAGUGAUGACAGUUGGGUUUGUUUUGACUAUCUUGCAUCCCCAAGAAUGUAGCCAUGGAAAAGAAAUGUUCUACUGCUUCCCUAGUAAUGUUUCUUUUCACAACACUACACUUCCACCAUAG